AUGGCAUGUGGAGGGGACUACCGUCAAUGGCCUUUCCUUACAACAGAAGAGUUCGAACUUGUGUGUGCGUUCUUCGACCGGAAGUAUGUCAAAGCUGAGCUGGGCCCAACAAGAAAGAUCUUCAAGAUCCGCUUACGAAGGACUCUAACAACUGGGAGCUCCUACAUCGAGAUACUUCGACUGCUUCAGCUCCCCGAAGAGAAAGAUGAUCUCUCACUAGCUUUUGAAAAACUCAAUAGUGAUCUUGAUGGGCCCGGGGUGGAUGUUGACAUGUUAACUGCUGCUGAAGAUGCAGACCAGGUUCGUGGUUCCUUCCAAAGUCUCAAAACGACACUUCGCCCUCAGCUGCAGAAUCAACAUGGAGGGGCCAUGGAUAGUGGUGCUCUACCCCGAUAUAGCUUGCAUUCAGACCAGCCAUAUGUGACUUAUGAGGUUCAUUUGCACCCAACCUACAACAUGCCCACAUUGUGGUUCACAUUGCACGACCUUCCUAUGGGCGAGCCUACUUUUAACCUGGAGUCAGUUUACCGAUACCUUGUACCGCCGGGGUACAAGAGUCGACUUCGGGCUGCGGGAUUUACAGGUGGAAUUUCGGCUGCGCCGCAUCCCGUUACAGACGUCCCAGCUUUCUUCAUCCAUCCAUGCCAGACUAAGGAGGCCAUGGAAAGUUUCGACUGCACAAUGGCUAACUACUUGAUGAUUUGGCUUGGGCUGGUUGGAGGCUGUGUCGGUUUAUGGAUACCUCCUGAGAUGGCAGCAGAGGAGGCAUAA